AUAAAUUUUUUGAUGAAACAAUAAACCCUAUUGCAGGUAUUAAAAGACCAUUGGGUCUUAGUAAUUUGGAAGUGCUUCAUUUGUACAAUAAUUAUUUUAGUAACACAACUUUAUCUUCCCUAAGAGGGCUUUCAUCUCUCAAGAGUCUUGAUUUGAGUGGGAACAAAAUAAAAGGAAUACUAAAUAUUACAGAAUUAGUUGCUCUAAACAAUUUGAAGGAGCUGGAUUUAAGCUAUAAUGAAGUGGAAAGUUUCAUGGCUCAUGAAGAUACGAGAAGUUCGAGUAUGCUAGAAGCCCUACAUCUAAUUGAGAACAACAACACUUGUGGAAGUUGUCUAGUACAAUCAAUCAGGGCAUUCCCUUUAAUUAAGACCCUUGAUCUUACUUUAAGUACAUCUAUAGAACUAGUGACUAUUGUAGAUGGUCACACUUUUAAGGAGUUGGAAGUAUUGCUUUUGGAUGAAUCUUCUCUUCAUGAUAAUUUUCUCCAAAGCAUUGGAACACUAAGCUCUCUUAAAGUUUUGUCUGUGCCCUUAUGUGAGCUCAAUGGAACUCUGCCUAGUCAAGGAUGGUGUAAACUGAAGAACCUUGAGGAGUUAGAUUUAAGUGAAAAUAAUUUUCAGGGAAUGCUUCCUUCUUGUUUGGGAAACUUGUCAUAUCUUUUGGUGAUGGAUAUAUCAUAUAACUAUUUCACAGGAAAUAUUGCCACUAGCCCUCUUACCAAUCUAAACUCACUUGAAUAUCUCUCGUUUUCAACAAACAAUUUUCAAGUCCCAGUUUCCUUUGGGAUGUUUGCCAACCACUCCAAGCUUAAGGUCCUUCUUGGCAAUUGCAACAAUUUAAUGCCAGAACCUCUCCUUCAUACUCCAACUCCAAAGUUCCAACUUAUAUUUUUGAGUUUGUCUUACCUUGCAUUAAAAGAACCUCCCUACUUCCUCCAUCACCAAAAUGUCCUUAGGUUUGUUGAUCUCUCCCACAACAACAUCACUGGAGGAUUCCCAUCUUGGUUGUUCAUGAACAAUACACGAUUAAAAGUACUCAUGCUAGGAUAUAACUCCAUAUCAGGACCUUUGCAGUUGCCAUCACAACCUCAUAUCAACAUUUCAAUCUUAGAUGUAACCAUGAAUGGUUUAUUGGGAAAAAUUCCUAUAAACAUGAGUUCAAUCUUUCCCCAUCUUACAACGUUAAUCAUGUCCAAAAAUUCCUUUCAAGGUCAGAUUCCUUCUUCUGUUGGUGAUUUGAAAUCAUUAGAAUAUUUAAGCUUGCCAAGCAAUCAACUCUUUGGGAAUAUCCCUGAUUCCUUUGGCCAUAUGAGCUCUUUAUUCCAUUUAGACUUGUCCAACAAUCAGCUCUCUGGAGGGAUACCAGAAUUGCUAGUCCUAGGUUGCCCCUUAAAAUUUCUCAUAUUGUCAGGCAAUAAUUUGCAGGGGCAAGUAUUUCCUCUUCUUUUCAACUCCACAUAUUUAGUUGUCUUACAACUUGGCAGCAAUAACUUUGCAGGAGAGAUACCUGAGUUUUCAUCUGUCAACUCUUUUUCUCCAUUGCUAAUAGACAUGAGCAACAACCAUUUCUUAGGCAAGCUUCCAAGAUGGAUGGGAAAUAUCUCAACACUAUGUGGGCUAUCUUUGUCCAAAAAUCUUUUUGAAGGUCCAUUUCCAAUAGAAUUUUGUGGCCUUGAUAGCCUUUUUUUUCUUGACCUUUCAAAUAACAACUUGUCUGGCCCUAUCCCUGAAUGCUUUAAUCGAUUUCAUAUAAACCAUGUUCAUCUGAGCAACAAUAGAUUUACUGGGUCAUUGACAAAAGCAUUCUACAACAACUCUUAUCUAGAGUCACUGGACCUUACAAGGAACAAUCUAACUGGUACAAUUCCUAGUUGGAUUGGCACCCUACCUUCAUUGAGCAUUCUUUUGUUGAAAGCUAACCAUUUUGAAGGUGAAAUUCCUUUCCAGCUAUGUCAUUUGAAUAGAUUAAAGAUAAUGGAUCUUUCUCAAAAUAAUCUUUCUGGUUCUAUACCUUUUUGCCUGAGAAGUUUAACAUUUGAAUUUGAGGCAUCAAUUUCUCAACUUCAGACUAGAUUUUGGAGGGGGGGUAUUGAUUUAUCUUGCAACCAACUCACGGGAAGGAUCCCACUUGAAAUUGGAUACUUGAAUGAGAUCCAUGCACUAAACUUGUCACACAACAAGCUAAUAGGACCAAUUCCCUCUACAUUUUUAAACCUUAAGCAGAUUGAAAGUUUGGACCUCUCCUAUAACAAUUUGAAUGGGAGAAUCCCCCUUCAAUUGAUUGAGCUAAACACCCUAGCUGUGUUUUCUAUUGCAUACAACAACUUAUCAGGACCAGUCCCUGAUCAAAAAGCUCAGUUUGGGACCUUUGAUGAAAGUAGCUAUGAAGGAAAUCCUUUCCUCUGUGGAGUUCCACUGCAAAUCAACUGCACCAAAAUUGAACCACCAUUAGUGACCAAUGUCUUCAAUUAUGACGAGGAAAACAAUGGUUUUAUUGACAUGACUGUUUUCUACUGGAGCUUUGUGGUGGCUUAUGUUGCAAUCUUGAUGGCAAUCACAGUAGUUCUACACAUAAAUCCUUAUGGGAGACAGAAAUGGUUUUACUUCAUCGAAGUCUGCAUUACUUCUUGUCACUACUUUGUUCUAGACAACUUUUGUUGGUUUUCCAAAACAAUCAUUUAACCUCUGUAGAGUCAAGACUCAAGAGUGACUGAUAAUUAGAAUUGUAAGAGAAAAUGAGUAUUCAAGGGGUAACCUUAGAUUCAAAUGAUCUUAAUGCAAACUUUGAUACUGAAGUUUCCCUCUAAUAAAGUUCAUCACAUUAA